UCUUCGUUCCCGGUGGUAACACGCGAAAAACUAUAGAGCACAAAGCGAUUGGGUGCCACGCGCGUCGUGUGGAAAAUUCGUGUCACACUCUUCCACCCGAAAGCCAUGAUGAAACAUCAGGCUUUCACCAAGCGUUGAAUACCAUUUCGGAAUUCGAAAUAAGAAUUAAAGAAAAUUCUCGGCGAAUAGCAUCGGUGUCUCUGUGGGUGUCUCGCGGGUGUGUAUGUUUUUUUUGCGUGAGGACAGGCACAGUUUUCCAUUCUUCAUAUUUUCCAGUGUCUGUUUCGUAAUUUCCACGGUCGCCGUCGUCGUCGUCGCUGCGGGAAAAGAACAAACGCAAAAGGGAUAGAGUGUGCUCACAAUAAGGUGUGGGGAGAGUGAUAAUUUCGUCACGGUCAAGCGUCGGUGGGAGCGAACGCCUCCCCGCAUAGUAUAGUAAUUGUGAUCUAUUGUAGUGUAAUUAAUCAAACGUAAAUGAAUAUAGUUCUGUGCUAGGAUACCUCGAAAAGCGCCACAUUGUCUGGUGAACGGAUUGGGGUCGGUACCGCCGAAAUUCCGCGAAUUUCGCUGAAGGUGGAGUCAGGUGAUAAUUGAUCCAACACAGAAGCUAUGUAGUAGCUGGACUGCGUUGUCGACGAACGCAGCACCGAACCUAUUCGUGCAGGCGAUGCUUAUCGGACCAAGUUUGCUUCAAAACUACUUAGAAAGGCUGCAAUAAGGAUAGCAUGCUUCUGUAAAAUGCCCUGCCAUGGCACUGCGCGGUUGGCGACUCUUUGGGUUGGCCGGUACCAUUCUGGUGUACAUCGGCGGUAUUCUGUUUCUGUCCUUCGUCAGCCUACAGAGUCCGCAGCAGAAGCGUAACCAUGCACGGGGGUAUGGCGAGUUCGAAACCCUCCGAAACAGGGACCUGGGACUGCUGGGCAAGAAACCACCCCUGCAAUGGUGCACCGAGCUCCGCUACAUGGAUAGCCCUCCACCCUCACCGAAGGCCUACAAGCUGCUGCAAACCUUCCCUGGGCAUUUCGUGAAAAAGUUCCAACCGAUCCAACAGUUUAGAAAAGGUGAACCACUUCACGAUCCCCAGCUGCAACCACCACAACGGCACAACGAUGUCAGCAUCAAACACAGCCCGCAACGGUCAGCCACGGCGGCUGAGUUCCAUUCGUCUUCGCAAUGGCCUAAUAGUAACAGCAACAAAUUUGAUACCAAUAAGAUAACAACUAGUGAUAGAAUAGUAAACGAUGGGCACCAGAAGUCUUCCAGCAACAACGGACGGGAACUGACGGCGCUGGUGUCUUUUCCCGGUAGCGGGAACACGUGGCUGCGGUAUCUGCUGCAGCAAUCCACGGGUGUUCUGACCGGAAGUGUGUACAAAGAUUAUGGCCUACUUAAAAGUGGUUUUCCGGCAGAAAAUGUUGCUAAUUCAUCGGUCUUGGUAGUAAAAACGCACGAAUGGGGUCCACAGGCAUGGGCCGUAUACGGAAAAGCUAUCCUGCUGGUCAGAGACCCUGAAAAAGCAAUAUUAGCCGAGUUUAACCGCCAGAGUGGUGGCCACGUAGGAUUUGCCUCGCCCGACCGAUACCGACGAACCAAGGGUCGGUAUUGGACGCAAUUUGUUAAAAACAAACUAUGGGCCUGGGAGCAGACCAACCUGUCCUGGGCGAAAAAUUUUACCGGUGAAGUGAAACUAAUCUUCUAUGAUGAUCUGGUGGAGAACGUCGAGGGAACAUUACGGAGUAUCCUUAAGUUUCUCAAGUUCCCAAUCAACGAUGAGCUUCUAGCAUGUGCAUUGAUGCGCAAAGAAGGAAUCUACCGGAGGAAGAAGCGAAUCUUGCAGUUCGACCCUUACAGUCCAGCCAUGCACGUAGCGAUUGAUGAGAAACGGGCCGAAGUGUACGCCGCCCUGGGACGGUUCCGAUCCUACUAAACAACCCUAGUCAAAUCGCACAAUGUAGACCAGCCCUACUGCAGCGAACAAAUUAAGCACCAAACCAAUUCUAGUCAUUCUUUUCGAUCAUUACUUAGUAGUUUGUUAAGCAAUUAGGAAAGAAACAACAACGUCUACCAAUGGAACAACCAAUAAUGUCAGUUUUGUAGAGAUAUUUUAUCGAACGCUUUCGCACUUGUUUUCCAAAGAUAACCAAUUUUAUUAAAUUUUAGUUUUACGUAAAACAAAGUCAGGUUAAACGCUGACGAAUGAAAAUGAAGUACUCGCGUAGGAAUGCAGUAGCUAUAAGUGAACACGUUGCGAUAUUCACGUAACUGUAGAUAUGUAUAAGCCGUAUCAGCUCGCAAACUCGGUAAUUUGUACAAGAAUGAAGUGAGUCUAGUCAAAAAAGGAACAAGGUUAAGCUACCAAUAUACAAAACAAAUUACCGCAUUUAAUCGUAGACAAGACACAGAACCGAUACAUUAUCGUAGUGGACAUUAAUAGAGAAGAGUUUGUGAAACUUGUAAGACUUUUAGAAAGUAUGUGGAAUGGAUUACUCAAACAAAAUACACAUACGUAGGGGAGUAGAUUUUUCCGCAACAGAUAGCGAACCACAAAUACAAAAGAAAACACAAAAAAAACAAAAGAACUACCAGCAACAUUGUUUAUGAAAUGUUUACAUAACCGUCAGUUAGGCAUAUACAUUUGAGUAUUAAACAAAUAGAAAUACAAUGCCAAGGCAAUAACUCAAA